UUCUGGCGUGCGGAGCUGCGCCGAAAUGCUGCGGCUAGUCCGGGCCGGGGCGCGGGCCUGGCUUCCGCCCACCCGCUGCCAGAGCCUGAACGUGCUGGCGGAAGAUGCAGUGCAGCCUCCGGAGAAGCCAGAGCCUGUGGCGACCGCAGGUCUCCAGGCACCAGUGCUACGCAAGUGCGAAUUUCCCGUACCUGCACACCGGCGUCCGGUGCAGGCUUGGGUCGAGUCCCUGCGGGACUUCGAGCAGGAGCGCGUGGGUCUGGCCGAGCUGCACCCCGACAUUUUCUCCACGGUGCCUAGGUUAGAUAUCCUGCACCAGGUCGCUAUCUGGCAGAAGAACUUCAAGAGAAUUAGCUAUGCCAAGACCAAGACUAGAGCCGAGGUGCGGGGUGGUGGCCGGAAGCCCUGGCAACAGAAAGGCAGUGGGCGUGCAAGGCAUGGCAGCAUCCGCUCCCCGAUAUGGCGAGGAGGAGGCAUUGCCCAUGGCCCCCGGGGCCCCACAAGCUACUACUACAUGCUACCCAUGAAAGUGCGGGUGCAGGGCCUCAAAGUGGCGCUGACCAUCAAGCUAGCCCAGGACAACCUGCACAUUGUGGACUCCCUGGAGUUGCCAACUGCAGACCCUCAGUACCUGGUGGAGCUGGCAUGCUUCCGCCGCUGGGGGGACUCAGUGCUGCUGGUGGACUUAACACAUGAGGACAUGCCUCCGAACAUCGUGACAGCCACAUCCGGGCUUAAGACCUUCAACCUGGUCCCAGCUGUGGGCUUGAACGUGCACAGCAUGCUGAAGCACCAAACACUGGUUCUGACUCUGCAGACUGUCGCCUUUCUGGAGAAGAAGCUGCUCUGGCAGGACUCACGUUACACACCUCUCUACCCCUUCCGCCUGCCCUACUGCGACUUCCCCUGAGCCCCAGCCUUGGCGCCCCAGGACCCAUCGGCUGUCUUUCUACACCGCUCUCCAUGCCAGGUGCCUGCUCUGAGCCAGGCCCAGCCCUUGGCCUGUUUGGAGGCCUUACACCCACCCUGCAAGAGCAGCACUUCCCAGAAUCCCUUGUCCCAGUAGGAAGCUGAGGCCAUGAAGAGUGGCUGGGCAGGCCAGGCAGGCGUCAUGAUCGGGAAGGGACAGCUUGGCAGAGGGCCUGAUCAAGCUCCUGCCCAAUUCUCUCUUUUCUGUUUUCAAGAUAAACUUUAUUUUUUAGUCACAGAGGAGAAACAGAAAAGCUCAUUGCCACAUUGUGAAUAAUUCCAUCUGGCAAGUUGGGGCUCUUUCCUUGGUGCUGGGCACCACCAGUACCUCUCUCCUCAAGGAGCAACCUCAGUGCUGCUAAUAGAAAUGACCCAGAAUCAGCUUCCCUCGGGUGAGUCAGCCUCCAGGAACUCAAAGAUGAGCGGGAGCAUUGUCCUUCCCUAUGAAUCUGCUCUGGGCAUUGUCACUGUACACUUGCUUUCCUGAUAGGGUUUGGGGUCCCAUUUGUUACAGUCAUUCAGUCCGAUGUAUGGGCUUCGUUCCACAAGUAGGUGCCAUAUACAAACUUGAGCUUCCAUCAGAGUGAUUUCCCCUGAGCCCAGAAUCAGAAUCGAUGUGAUCAAUAAAUGGGAGAAUAAACACAUUUUUAAAGAUA